AUGCCUUACUCAGUGGCCAAGCUAUUGGGCAUCACUGACUUCAAACCUACAAAGAUAUCUCUAGUCUUUGCAGACAGAUCUGUUCGCCGCCCUGUUGGUGUUAUUAUGGAUGUUCCAAUCAUGGUUGGAGAUUGCUACAUCCCUGCUGAUUUUGUAGUUCUUGAGCUGGAACACCAACCUAAAGACCCUCUUAUCUUGGGAAGGCCAUUCCUAGCUACUGCAGGAGCUAUAAUAGAUGUCAAGAAUGGAAAGAUUGACUUGCAUCUUGGAGAUAUAGUGAUGAAUUUCGAGGUAAACAAGUCUAUGGAGAAACCAACUGUAGAUGGUCAAGCUUUUUGGAUUGGAGAGCUCGCAGAGACAAGAGAAGAAGUGCUGGAUGAACUCCUUCUUAUUGAUCCCUUGGAGCUAGCUUUGACAAAGGCUGAGAAUGAGUAUGGAUACAUGGAAAGAGAAGCUCAAUGCUUAGUCAAGUUCAUGGAUUCAAAGGAAGCUUAUAAAGAGCUGAUAGCUUAUAUGGACUUAGAGAGAGAAGAGGAAGAGCCAGACAUUGACAAGGUCAGGAAAUAUCACAAACCAAAGUUAAGAAUCUCACCUGAACUAUGCACACAUCGCAUCAUCCUGGAGGAUGAGUCUAGUUCUUCAAUUGAACACCAAAGGAGGCUAAACCCAAACCUAAAGGAAGUUGUCAAGAAGGAGAUAAUGAAGCUAUUGAAAGGCUGGAGUGAUUAUCCAAUAUCAGAUAGUGCAUGGGUCAGCCCUGUACAUGUCGUGCCAAAGAAAGGAGGGAUCACAGUCAUCAAGAAUGAACAUGAUGAGCUCAUUCCAACAAGAACAAUCACUGGACACAGAAUGUGUGUCGACUACAGGAAACUGAACUCCUCCACGCGCAAGGACCACUACCCCUUGCCAUUCAUAGAUCAGAUGCUUGAGCGCCUUGCCAAUCAUCAAUACUACUGUUUCUUGGAUGGAUACUCAGGAUUUUUCCAAAUUCCAAUCCACCCAGAUGAUCAGGAGAAGACUACAUUCACUUGUCCCUAUGGCACAUAUGCUUAUAGGAGAAUGCCUUUUGGAUUGUGCAAUGCUCCAGCUACAUUCCAAAGGUGUAUGAUGUCCAUAUUCACAGAUCUCAUAGAAGAGAUUAUGGAGGUUUUCAUGGAUGAUUUCUCAGUAUAUGGUUCUUCCUUUGAAUCAUGUUUGGGAAAUCUUGGAAGAGUGCUACAGAGAUGUGAAGACAAGCACCUAGUUCUAAAUUGGGAGAAGUGCCAUUUAUGGUUAGAGAUGGAAUAG